CGUGCGUGCGGCGGGGCGGCGGGCGGGGUAAGAUGGCGGAACUGGGGAAGAAGUACUGCGUGUACUGCCUGGCCGAGGUGAGCUCGCUGCGCUUCCGCUGCACGGAGUGCGCCGACAUCGAGCUCUGCCCCGACUGCUUCUCGGCGGGCGCCGAGAUCGGGCCGCACCGCCGAUGGCACGGCUACCAGCUCGUCGACGGUGGCCGCUUCACCCUCUGGGGCGCCGAGGCCGAGGGCGGCUGGAGCAGCCGCGAGGAGCAGCUGCUGCUGGACGCCAUCGAGCAGUUCGGCUUCGGCAACUGGGAGGACAUGGCUGCUCACGUUGGAGCGUCCCGAACGCCGCAGGAGGUGAUGGAGCACUACGUGAGCAUGUACAUCCACGGCAACCUUGGCAAAGCCUGCAUCCCUGACACUAUUCCAAACAGAGUAACGGAUCACACGUGUCCAAGCGGUGGCCCCCUUUCUCCCAGCCUGACCACGCCGCUCCCACCGCUGGAUAUAUCGGUGGCAGAGCAGCAGCAGUUGGGGUAUAUGCCACUUCGAGAUGACUAUGAGAUUGAAUACGAUCAGGAUGCCGAGACUCUGAUUAGUGGCCUUUCGGUGAACUAUGAUGAUGAUGACGUGGAAAUAGAGUUAAAAAGAGCUCACGUGGAUAUGUACGUAAGAAAACUCAAGGAGAGACAACGGCGGAAGAACAUUGCACGUGAUUAUAACCUGGUACCUGCCUUCCUGGGAAAGGAUAAAAAGGACAAGGAGAAAACUCCCAAACGGAAGAUCACGAAAGAAGAGAAGGAGCUGAGGCUGAAACUGAGGCCGCUGUAUCAGUUCAUGUCUUGUAAGGAGUUUGAAGACUUCUUUGAGAACAUGCACAAAGAGAGAAUACUUCGAGCAAAGAUUCGGGAACUGCAGCGGUAUCGUCGAAAUGGAAUCACCAAAAUGGAAGAGUCGGCAGAGUAUGAGGCGGCGAGACAUAAACGGGAAAAGAGAAAGGAAAACAAAAACAUAGCUAGUUCCAAGAGAGGGAAGGAAGAUGGCAAAGAAGGUGAAUUUGCUGCCAUUGAGAACCUGCCUGGGUUUGAACUCUUAUCGGACAGAGAAAAGGUGCUCUGCAGCUCUCUAAAUUUGAGUCCUGCACGUUACGUAACUGUGAAAACGAUAAUCAUUAAAGACCAUCUCCAAAAAAGACAAGGAAUUCCUUCAAAAAGUCGCCUUCCCAGUUACUUAGAUAAGGUACUGAAGAAAAGGAUUUUAAACUUUCUAACAGAAAGUGGUUGGAUAUCCAGGGAUGCUUCAUGAAAUUCAGCUGAUCUGAAAAAACACAUCAAAGGCGCAUUAUGGCCUCAAGGACUCCGUUAUUUUUUCCUUCCCUCCCCAAAGAUUCAGAAAUUCUCCUGCUUACAACAAAAAAAGCAAAACAAACCCACAGUAUUCAUGAUCCAUGGUUCAAAUGGACUCUUGCUUUGGAUUAUGGCAGAUACUGAACAGUACUUAUUCAUUGGAUUUCAUUGGUUUUGGUACAUUAUUAUAACAGAUCUCUUCCUCACGUAAACUUACUGAAGUCCAGUAGGCCCAGAGUAGUUAUGUUACUCCUGUUGGACAAAUGAAUAUCCAUGUAAUCCUGGCUUUUUUGAAGAUGGGAGACAGUUUCCAGCAAGCGAAACUUUAAUCUCCUUUUGUUUUGUUUUUUUGACAUAAUACUGGCAGCAAAGUGAAGCUCACAAAAAUCCUGAGCUCUCGAGUAACAUUGAGUGGGGACUUUUGUGAACCUCGCUAAGCUUUCAGAACACUUUCCUUAGUAACUACAGCCAAGGUGUUGGCCGAACGGCGCGAGAGUUUCUGUAGAGAGCGCAGCAGGGCUGAGCCGUGACAGGGAGUGGAAAACAACAAAUGUGGUAAUGAGGUGCCCUCAGGUAGUGAUGCUGUGGAAAGGUUCCUGAAGGGCUACCUGCGCACCCAGCUCAUCCUGAGGUGGAUUUGACUUGAGUUUUUCCUGAUACAGGCCCCCACUUGAAGCCUCUGUGUUAACUAAUUGGUAGCAAGUUGCAGAAGCGCAAAGCGACUGUGGUGCUCUGUUUUGGAGGUGAGAUUUUUAGGGGGUCAGCACUACUGUGAAAUGGGUAAUUCUGGCCAGAAACGGGGUUUGGGCAAGGAUGCAAUGAGCUGUCUUGCAGCAGCUGGGAGCCUUAGGCAGCAAAAUCACUGUCUCCUAUUAUUACCUCUUGUUGAGGGGGAGUCUUCUCCUCCUCCUUUCCUAUCUGUAACUUCUGAGCUCAGAUGGUCUGGGGAGGUGUAGCUGCCACCUCCUGAGUUAGUUUGGGAGGGGCAGGGAAAUGAAGCUAGAUUCUCAAACUGAUAGUGAUCAGUAAGAUUGGUUUAAAAAAAAAAAAGUAAUACAGAUUGGGUUAAAAUACACAGCUGUUGAAGUACAGAACUAUAAAUCAAGCCAUUACAGGGUUCUAGUUGCACAUACCUUGACUAAAUGUUUUGAAAUUGAGAUGGUAGCAAAACUGUGAAUUCAGUCCUCUUCGGUGUGAGCUGUGCACCUUGACAGAUAACUGUCAGGACUGCAGACUGAGCUAGAUGCUUGCUGCAGACAUAAACUUGUAAGUGGAGCAGAUAAUAGAAAUGCCUGAUCUACGCAUCGCUUUAGUAAUACCUACUGAUUAAGGGAAUGAAGUUGAAGAGGUAGAAGAGGAUUUUUAGACUCAUUUCAUUCUUAAAUUUCUAUGCUGGAAUUGAACCAAGUUAAUAAAAAAUGGGGGGGGUGGCAUGUGGCAGAGGGCACAGGGUUAUUUAUAGCUCUGUUUUGCCUAAGAUUCUCCACCCCAGCCUUUUCCAGAGCAGGAAGACUGGAGGCUAGUUGGGUGGGUCUCCUGGAGUACAGACAUGCUGAAAAGUGGAACUUGGCUGAUUUCAACAAAUGCAAGCAGAACUGUAAUCUUGUUUUGAUGCUUUGGACUGCAGUCAAUGAGGAACCCACCAAAUCUUGUAACAGUAUUAAUUCUGCACCUUGACAGAGGUAUACUGAUGAGAGCUGAAAAGCUUUUAGUUAAUAUAUCCAGCAUUACCAAAAUAGUGUUACCAGUGAGUUUAGUAUAAAAAGGGUACAAUUAUAAAGCCAGCAUUUCUAAGGAAAAAAACUCUAGUGCCUUUUUCUUUUGAGCUUGUGUUAUUACAUCCCUUCAGAAAAGGAAAGGGCUAUGUCCUCUCUCACGUGAUACGUUGUUUGGCUUACCUGUAAGUGGCAUGUUGUGGAAUACCUGAAAAAACCCUCUGUCUCUCCUGGGCAGCAACAUAACUAACUGCAAUGUGCUGAGCUGCUUAAAGACCCGCUUCCACCCUGCACGCAUGUGCAAAGAGCACACAAGGCAAGUUCCUAAGGUACAAACCAGUGACUUUUUCUUCCCCUCUGUCCUACCUGGGUGGAAGGGAAGUUCAGCCUUUCUUUCCAGUAUUCCAGUUAACCAAUUUGGUUCUUCCUAUAACCUGUUACUUAACUGCCAUAACAUACCAUUACUGAUAGUGUUCUGAAGCCUCAACUAUGCCUGUACCUGAGUGUCUAAAAGAAUUGUGGGUUUCUGAAUUUUUUUUCCAAAUCUGUGAUUUUUUUUUUAUAUUUCUACAAUGCUUUGGCACAUCUAAGUCUAACUGAAGCAAUAGUCUAAAGCCCAUUGAAACAGUAACUUAAAUUCUAGGCACCAAUAAGUCAUUUAAAUGCUGUACAAAUGAAUUCUGCAUUUACAUUUUGUAGUUUCUUAAUUCCUCAGCCCCUCCAAAGUGUUUCCUUGGUGCUAGACGUAACUUAUUGAACAUCAAAAUGAAUGUAAAAUAAAGUAUUUUUAAUGUAUGAAAUAUGGAUAUCAAUAUUUAUUUAAUCCUUCCAAGUAAAUUCAAGGUAGUAAAUGUUUGCUUUAGCAAAUACUAAUCCCUUGGAAAGGGCUUCCCUAGAAGCAAUGUCUCAUUGUCAGCUAUGCUUUUAACUUCAAAGAUGACUUGCACUAGAGGAUGCUGUUGUUCCGUAUUUUCCAGUGGAACUGAUUUAGUCUAAGCAUUCCUUUGUUGAGUGAGCUGCUGAUUAUUAUUAUUAUUAUUUUAAGCUGAGAUGCAGUUAUCUUAAUCCAGCAACCUACUACAGCUAUACUGUUUAUCUUCUGUGGUGAAAGGGCUGAAAAUAACAUGGCAAAAGAGCUCUUUAACUCAUAUUUUGUGUUUAUCAGGAAGUGCUUCCUUUACUGUACAAAUACCGUAGCCCUCAUGUUGCUAAUGAGCAGGUGUUCUAUGUGCUUAAUGCUCUUGGCUCUCUUUUCUAAUAAAAGAUCUUACUAAUGGUAGUGUCUGUCCUGACAGCAUUGAUGUAAGAAGCCUAAGAAAAAGUGAUGUUCCAUCAGCUGUUCAAAGUACUGAGCUUCUGCUACUGAUCAAGGCAGCAGUGAAUCUGCUUUAAGGGUGCAAAUUUACUUCAAUCAGUCCAGUCCCAGAGAAGUUUUGCGGUAAUUCUUGCUCACUAGGUAACAAGGGCACAGUGGUCUUUGUUCUGUGUGUACUACCCAAUGCAGGAGAGCUGGUUAUGGGCUGUUCUGGAUACAGCCCCAGCAAGCAUUAAGAACAGUGUUAGUGGGUCUGCAUGAGCCUUUGACCAUAAGCUGUCUUGUAAAUCAUACGAACCAAGCACUCUGCCCUUAUUCUCUUGUGCCCUGGCUGCAACAAACUUCUUUGCAACUGUAACUGACAUCCAUUAGCGGGUUUUUCUUUUUUUUUGGUUUAACUCUUCUUGCAAAGCGUUUUCGCAUGUGCCCCAGUUGCUCUUAAGCUAUGACAAAUUAAAUACUGUGAAGGAAGCUACCUGGUGAGCAUGUUCAGUUCAUCAGCUUCUUCCUUAAAGGGAAUGUUGCACUCAUUUGAAUAGUGUACUGGUAUAGCUGUGCCGGACACACAGAUGACUGUGCUGAAACCUAACUAACGAUGAUGUGCACACUCAGCAUUUUGCUAUUUUUUCAUUGUAUAUUGAUAAAUAAACUUGCAUUAAAGUUUCUUUCCAUAAUUGA